GAGACGUAUGGUAUCUAUAAGUUCUUAAUUUCAAUGCUAAGAGGGCUAUACCGAAGCUCUGAUUCUGUUGAGGCGUUAGAACCCUUGAGGGCCAAAUUUGAUGAGCAACACGAUAGGUUGUAUGACUUCUAUGCGCAGUGCACGGCGGUUAGGUAUCUAUCGACGUUGAUAACAAUUCCAAAGUUGCCAUUUGAUGCACCUACGUUGGCAGACGAGCAGAAGAGCGUUUCACCUUUGAUAGAGCAAGGAAUUGUCCAAACACCGGCUGAUUAUGCCAAUGAGCAACAGAAAAGAAAUUCGGAAGCGCAGCAGCUAGCGCAACAGCAAUUGCUGCUUGAUCAAGCGCAGAGGCAGGCUCAGGGCCGAGUUGCAGAAUUGGAGAGAGACAUUUUGGCGUUGAAAGGCCAGUACGAUAGUGACCAGUUGAUGCUUAGGAGCUACGACGAAAAGCUCCAGGUAUUGGAAACUGAGCUGCGAACAACUUCGGAGACCGCUGGGGAACAGCUGGCUGCUAAGGAACAGCAGUUGACUUUUCUGCAAGAACAAAUCGACUACUGGAAAAACAAGUACGAGUCCCUUGCAAAACUCUACUCGCAACUGCGAGCAGAGCAUUUAGACCUACUUGCAAAGUCGAAGAAGAUCCAGCAGAAGGCGGCGUCUGCUCAAGAGGCGGUGGAGAGACGGGAAAGGAUGGAGAGGGAAAUGAAGGCAAAAAACGUUGAGCUGGCCGACUUGAUCAAGGAAAGAGACAGAGCGAAGCUGGAGCUGGAAAGGGUGAAGACGGGCUCGAAGGGGCAGUUUGAGAGCUUGCAGCUAGCAAAGGACGAGUUGGAGCAAAAGCUGGCGACACUCGAGCGGGCGCAGUCUGCGAACUUGACUGCUGUGUUCAACCAGCACAAGAACGAGGUCGAGCAGUUGCAGCAGAAGCUG